AUGGCCAGAGAGUCGAAGGCCAGCGCGGCCUUGGACGCCCACUCUGCGGAGGAGCGGCCGCGGCUCCUGACUGGGGUCCUGACCGUGAAGGUGGAGGAGGAGGACGCCCCCGCGCCGGCGGCAGAGGCGGGUGCGCCCGGCAGUCCGGCCCCCGGCCCCGAGCGCUCGCGCCGGCGCUUCCGGGGCUUCCGCUAUCCCGAGGCCGAGGGGCCCCGCGAGGCGCUGAGCCGGCUCCGGGAGCUCUGCCGUCAGUGGCUGCGGCCCGAGACGCACAGCAAGGAGCAGAUCGUGGAGCUGCUGGUGCUGGAGCAGUUCCUGACCAUCCUGCCCGAGGAGCUGCAGGCCCGGGUGCGGGAGCAGCACCCCGAGACCGGGGACGAGGUGGUGGUGCUCUUGGAGUAUUUGCAGAGGCAGCUGGAGGAGCCAGGGCCGCAGGUCCCAGGCGGUGACCAGAGGCAGCUACUCUGUUGCAAGAUGGCGGUGUUGACACCAGCUCAGAGGCCAUGGAGUACCCAGUUCCAGCCAAUGAAGCCUCUGCUCAAGCACGAAUCUCUGGGAUCCCAGGCCUCCGCAGAUAGAGUUCUCCAGGUUCCUGGGCUUGCCCUGGGAGGGCGCUGCCGACGAGACGCAGUGGUGGCUGCCAGGCUGCCCUCAGAGGCCCAGGGCUUGCUGAAAACGGAAGAUGUGGCCCUGGCUUUCUCCCCUGCAUGGACACAGCUGGAUUCACCUCGGGGGAGCUUCCACAGAGAUGAAAGGCAGGAGAACUGUGGCGGCCUGACCCCCCUGGGUGGUAACAUGCAGGCUGAGAUCACGGACCUGCCCCCAGAUGAGCAACAUCCAGGACAAGAGCCUGGGGAAAUACCGCGCCACUUGAGUGAAGACAUUGCCCGGAUUCCUGCCUGUCUAGAAGCUGGUGAACAGGAGGGCAGGUUACCGAGAAAGCAGAAAAAUGCCACAGGAAGUAGGCGGCACUACUGUCACGAAUGUGGAAAGAGUUUUGCUCAGAGCUCGGGCCUGACUAAACACAGGAGGAUCCACACUGGGGAGAAACCCUAUGAGUGUGAGGACUGCGGCAAGACCUUCAUCGGGAGCUCUGCCCUUGUCAUCCAUCAGAGAGUCCACACUGGGGAGAAGCCCUAUGAGUGUGAGGACUGCGGCAAGGUCUUCAGCCACAGCUCAAACCUUAUCAAACACCAGAGAACCCACACUGGGGAGAAGCCCUACGAGUGUGAAGACUGCGGGAAGACCUUCAGCCAGAGCUGCAGCCUCCUAGAACAUCACAGAAUCCACACGGGGGAGAAGCCCUACCCGUGCAGCAUGUGUGGUAAAGCUUUCAGGCGGAAUUCACACCUCCUGCGACACCAGAGGAUCCACGGCGAUAGAAAUGUGCAGGAUCCUGAACGUGGAGAGACCUGGGAGAGCCAGGGGAGGGUGGAAGGCCAGUGGGAAAACGUCGAGCCUCCCGUGUCUUAUAAAUGUAACGAGUGUGAGAGAAGUUUCACUCGGAACAGAAGCCUUAUCGAACACCAAAAAAUCCACACUGGUGAGAAACCCUAUCAGUGCGACACAUGUGGAAAAGGCUUCACGCGAACUUCAUACCUUGUUCAACAUCAGAGAAGCCACGUUGGAAAAAAGGUUCUAUCGCAGUGA